ACACACACACACACACACACACACACACACACACGCAGCAUAAUAAAAGUGAGGGGCUAUGAGUAAAGCGAACAGAAAGGAGACAGACACCUUUAAGACAACAAGAUAAACAACAGAAGCCAAUCAAGAUGAUGAUGAUGAAGAACCCCGUCAUUCUGGUGACCUGUGCCUUACUUUUCUCAUCUCUUGCUGUUCUGGCACAUCAAGGCAGCUUUGGUCCAAAUGAGUGCUGUUUUCAGUUUGUCUCUUCAAGGCUGCGUAGAGACCGGGUGCUGAGCUACGAAUACACGGACAAGCGGUGUUCAAUGGACGGCGUCUUCUUUACGAUGAAGAAUGGUGCUCAAAUUUGUGCCGACCCGUCUCUGCAGUGGGUCAAGAACCUCAUGCAGGCCAAAGAGAAGCUUCCAUCCAACUGACCCAAUUUGUGGUUUAACACCACACUUAACAGCUCACUGAGCCGAGCCCAAGUGAUGGUGUACUGGUGAUUUAUCUUCAUAACUUUCUCUAUUUUUAAGGGUUUUCUAUUAGCUUAAAAAUAAAUAUAACCCCUCAAAUGA